AUGGGAGGAGACGGAGAGGGAGAAACAGAUGACCAGGCAACAUUUUAUAAGUCCAUUUUUCAGCAGCAAGAAGAAAAGGCGACAGAAGAACCAGUGACAAAAAAGAAAAAAGAGGCGAAAAAAGUGGAAAUUGUUGAGAAGAAAAAAGUGAAGAAAGAGGUGGAUAUUGAAGAAUGGAAACAGUUUUACUUUCUACCUCAAGAAAUUUUGAGUGCACUUUCAGAUUUGGGGUAAGUUAAAUAACACGAGAAGAGAUGAAAAACAAUCAACAUUUUCCUAUUUUUAGAUUCAACAAGCCGACAGAUAUUCAAUCAUCUGUUCUUCCCGCAGCUGUUCGAGAUAGACAAGAUAUUUUGGGUGCUGCUGAAACUGGAAGUGGAAAAACACUUGCAUUCGGAAUUCCAGUUGUAUGCCGAUUAUUGGAAAAAGAGGAAAUAUUGAAUGAAGUUGAAAUUGAGAAAAAAGGACCAAAAGCUUUGAUUAUUGCGCCAACUCGUGAAUUGGUUAUUCAAAUUAUGAAACAUAUUACUGCUUUGAUUAAACAUACAAAAUUGAAAGUAGGCUAAUUAGAUAAUCUAGGUUUUUUUUCAAAUGCUAUCUAUUUCAUUUUACAGGCUACAAGUAUUGUCGGUGGAUUGGCACAAGUUAAACAAGAACGUAUUAUCAGUCAGCAAUCUCCUGAUAUUAUUGUUGCAACACCUGGUAGACUUUGGGCUAUGAUGGAAGAGGUUUCUAAAUUUAAAAAUUUGAAAACAGUUUUCCUAAUAAACAAUAUUUCUAGGCUGAACCCUCAUCAUAUUUGGCGAAUCUCUCAACUUUGAAAUGUUUGGUUGUUGAUGAAACUGAUCGAAUGGUUGAAGAAGGAUAUUUCAAUGAAUUGACUUAUAUUUUGAAUAAAGUUCAUAACGAGGCAAAUAAGGAGAAGCUGCAAACUUUGGUGUUUUCGGCUACUUUGACUUUUGCUAAAGCGCAAGAUGUUAGUGAAGAAGAGAAAAAGAAGAAUAGAAUACUCUCAUCAGAACAGAAGAUCCGUAAGUUUCUUCAAUUCGCAACUAAUUAGUAACUAGUUUUUAUUUUCAGAAAGAUUGGUGAAAUUAACUGGAUUGCGAGAGAAUAAGCAUAAAAUCAUUGAUUUGACACGACAAAUGGGAACUGCUGGAUGUUUAGUGGAAGCGCGUAUAAAUUGUGCGGAUCUUCUUGAAAAAGACACUGCUUUGGUGUAUCUUCUCAAUCGAUAUCCAGGUCGCACAAUUGUUUUUGUGAAUUCGGUGGAUGCGGCGAGAAGAUUGCAUUCGAUUUUGUCAAGUGUUGCGUUGAAACCAAUGAUUUUACACGCGAAAAUGAUUCAGAAACAAAGACUGAAGAAUUUGGAGAAGUUUACAGGUUAGUUUUAAGUAGUUAGUGUUUUCAGAUAGUUUUUUUCUGAAAGCGAAGUUAAACUAUUCGUUAAGGAGUUAAGCAAUUUCAAAGUCAGAAUUUUUAGUAUUUCGGAGCAGUGCUCACAAACACAGAGUUUCCACAAUCGGAAUAGUUUAGUCUUCACCGUCAUUUUCAUGAAAAUGACUCGGACAUUAUAUAUCUGAUAAUUAUAGCUAUUAAUUACUAUUCAAGUUUGAUUUUGUAAUUAAUAGAAUUAUCAGCAAGUAAAGCCCGUAGGCUCUCAGUAUUUAUCACUAAAUACAGUUUCCGCAGUCGGAAAAGUUCAGUCUUCAUCGUCAUCUUCUCAGUUGAAAAUGACUCGGAUCUAUCUAACCUUCUGAUAACUAGAGUUAUGUUGAUAACUCGCAAAGUUGUACUAAGUAAUAGUAUAAUUAUCAGAAGGAAUAUUGUCUGAUGAGACAAUUUUGCAAAGAUUUGUAGUUCUUUAACCUUUGCGGGAUUACCGCCAGGAGGAGAUUUUUUUCUCUGCAUUUCUGGCCAAUGAAGUUGUUGUUGUUGUUGUUAUCGCCAAAGUUGCCGCCAAACUCACUUUCUUCUUCUCCGAGUUCACCGAACCAACGAAAUUGCGCGAAAAGUGAAGAAAAAACACAAAUUUUAGGAAUCACUUUUUUGUUCAGCAAAUGCGUGCGCCUUGAAAACGGUGCGAGACCAUUUUGUGUGCUACAGUAAGACUGGCGGCUUUUUGAAUAUUUUUGAACAAACAAACAAAAUAUUUUUGUUUAUUUAUUUUUCGCGUGAACUGUUUGUCAAUAAUUUCAUUUUCAGAAUCGAAAAACGCAGUUUUGUUGGCAACUGAUGUGGCUGCACGUGGUUUGGAUAUCAAAGGAAUCGAUCAUGUUAUUCACUACCAAGUGCCGAAAAAAGCAGAAAUCUAUAUUCAUCGUUCUGGUCGUACAGCUCGUGCUAGUCAAAGAGGUUUAACUGUUCUUUUGGUUGACUCGCAAUCGAAACAGUUUUAUAUUAAAUUGUGCAAAGGAUUGAAUCGAAGUUGGUUUUUUUUUAAUUUCUCAUUCUGUGAUAAGAUUAUAAAAAUUAUAAAAAUGUUAUAAAAAAAUGUUAUAAAAAUGAAUAUAAUAUAUUUCAGUGCAAGACUUGGAUGUUUUCCCGAUUGAUUUCGAACCUUUAAUGGAUGCUUGCCGAGAACGUGUUCGUUUAGCUUCUGAAAUUGAUUCGAUGAAUUUCCGAUGCAAGAAAAUCAAAACAUCUGAAUCGUGGUUCGAAAAAACAGCAAGAGAAGCUGAUUUGGAAUAUGAUGGAAUGAGAAAUCGAGAAAUGAAUGGAUUAAAUUCGGAAGUUGAUGAUAUGAUUAAUAAGAGUCGAAAAUUGCAAGCUGAACUUCGAGAUGAACUUCAAAUUCCGUUGCCGAAGGCUGAUGGAACCGAUUCAUUGGUAAGAUUGCGAUAAGAAUAACACCUGGACUAGUGGUGUCCAAAAAUAUUUUGAACAAUGUUGUUUUUUGCUUGAAAAAAAUGCCUUUUUUAUGGUGGACCCAUUUUCUCGCCCCACAAAUUUGUGUUUUCUUCAAAAAAUCCCAGAUGUACAACAUUAUUUUUUGACAGCCGGUCCAGGUGUCCUGUUUUUUCUCGUAAAUUUCACAUUCACUUUUGUUUUAGUCGAUAAACGCAUAUUUUCCUUCCAUAUACCCCUUUCCAAACUAUAUUAUUUUCAGAAAACCCGCUACAUCACCCCAGAUGUUUUGAGUCAAAUCAAGGCGGUUGGCGAAUCGGCGAUUGAUGUUUUGCACCAAAAAAUGGAAGAAACCAAAGAAUGGAAGAAGAAAAGUCGAAAAGCGGCGAAAUUGGACGAGGUUGUAUCUGAAGCUCGAAAAAUAAAAAAUAAGCAAAAAAGCCAAAAAAGAUUUGAGGAGAAGAAAAAAGUUGAAAAAAAGCAAUCGAAAAGUUUUGGCAGAUAAUUGAUAUUUGUUUUUGUUAUUGUUCUUUUUUUUAUUUUUGUUGAGAAUUUAUUGUUGACUGAAUUAUUGUUUUUUUUGUUGAAUUUGACUAAUUUUUUGAUUUCAAAAUACGUUAACUUCGUAUUGAAAUAUUUAAUUUUUCGAAAAAAUUAAUUAAAUUAUUGAUUUUAAGAUGGGCGACGAUGGGGAACCGGAAAGUUUUGAGGUUAGUUUUUGUUUCAAUCCUAUAAAAACCGUUAUAUUAGACAUUUUUAGGAUUUGAUUGGAGAGCGGACAAAAACGGUUAGAACUUUGUUAUCAGAAGCAUUUGAAGAAGAAAUUGCGGAGAAAAAGAAAGAGAAUAAAAAAGUGGAAGAGAUUGAUGUGCCAAUUGUUCCGAUUAGAUUUCGAGGAAGAGCUUCGAUUGGAGCACCAACACAUGAUUUAUUGGGCGAUGUAUUUUUGCAAGCUUUUCAGACGAUGAUGGCAAAGUUAGUUUUUGCGAAUAUCAAAAAUUUUCUCCGAAACGCUUUUUAUCGAAAAACCCUCCGAAAAGAACUCCCCGAUUUUAACGUUUCGAAAAAUUGAUUUUUUUUCAAAAAAAAAAGUUAACUUACUAGCUAAAAAUUGAUUUUUCAAAACACCUCGGCCAGUCUGUGGCCAGAGUACAAUAUUGAAAAAAAUCUGAAUUCCAUCAAAAUAAAAUAAAUUUUAUCGUUUUUUAUCGAAAAAUAAUCUGAUGUAAAAUUAGAAACGAUCGAUAAAUAAACGUUUUUUUUCCAGAGGAUCUCCUCCUGAAUUCUCUCAUCUAUUUGCUCAUUACUUUGUCAGCGAAUUCGACAAGAAAAAUGGUGGAUUAUGGAGUGCAAAAGCUUUCAAUCCUGAAAUUUAUGAAACCGAAGGAACGAUUGAAGCCAAAAAACAAUUCACCGAAGGACUUUGGCCAUUUGUGGAUGAAUUAUUGACAGAUUCAACGAUUCCUGAAAUAUUGAAACAAAAAUGGGGUGAAGGAGGAAUACAUAUUGCUGCUGAUCAAUUGAAAGGAAGAAGGCAGAAACAAGAAGAUCGAUUUGUAUCAUAUCCAAAUCGAAGUUAUAUGGAUAACAAAAAUGUUGGUCUUUAAACAAAAUUUAUGCCACAGGGAAUUUUGAACACGUGGAUUUGUAUGGGCUUAUUUUCUAUAAAAAUGUACUCUUUCAGGAUAACACCGCCUUGUUAGCUGUUUUUGAUGGACAUGGAGGAAAUGAGUGUUCGCACUAUGCAUCUGCACAUUUUUGGGAAGAAUGGGUUAAAUCGCAGGAUUUGUUUGAUGGAUAUUUGGAGCAAAGUCUGACGUCAGCAUUGUCAUCUCUAGGUUUGUAAAUAGCAAGAAAAAUACUAAAAAUUAAAACAAUUUCAAAAAAAAAUUAAUUUUUUUAAAUUUCAGAUGAGCGAAUGACGAAACGUAGUAAAAUCGAGCAAUGGAAAGGUGGAACGACGGCUGUUUGUUGUGCUAUUGAUUGUGAGAAAAAAGAAAUGGCAUUUGCAUGGCUUGGUGAUUCACCAGGGUGAUUUUUUUUAGAAUUGCUUGUUUCUUCGUCUUGUGAAGCACAUAUUUUUUGGAUAAAAAAGAGUUUUGACGUGGCAAAAAAUGGAACAAAAAUUCAGAAGCUGAAAUUACAAAGCGAAAUAUUUCAUCAUACGUCGCAUACCCCUGUUUCAAAAUAAUUUCAUUGUGUUUUUUGGACGAUUUCUGAACGAGGUCUUAUUCAAUUUACAAUAAAAUCAUAAAUAUUCAUGAUUUUAAUAUUAAUAAGUCCAUCUCUGCCACGUCAUAACCAUAGUUCAAUAAUGAGCUGAAAUUUUCUUUGUGCAAAAAUUUUAUACUACAGGGCUCAGCUUUUUUCACCGUAGCUAUUUAUUCAAGUUUUAAAUGUCUUAAUUUUCAACAGAUAUGUGAUGAAUUCGCUCGAAAUUCGAAAAGUGACAAGAGAUCAUUCACCAAAUGAUGCCGAAGAAGCACGACGAGUUGAAGAAGCUGGUGGACAAUUAUUUGUAAUUGGUGGAGAACUUCGUGUAAAUGGUGUGCUGAAUUUAACAAGAGCACUUGGUGAUGUAAUGGGGCGACCAAUGAUAUCAAAUGAACCCGAAUCCAAAAAACUGCCAAUUGCUGAUGAUGAUUAUUUGGUUAUAUUGGUUUGCGACGGAAUAUCGGAUGUUUUUGGACCUUCGGAUUUGUACAAUUUGGUUGAGGCUUUUGUUCAGGAAAACGAUUCGGAUGGUUAGUUUAUUUUUUUAAUUUAUUUGCAUGCAAGUAUGAUUCUUUUUUCUUUUCUUUAUUUGCUUUUUUUUUUUGGGUUUUUCAUGACUUCUGUUAAUCUUUGUUUUUGCGCAAUAUUUUAAAAAUUCAAAAUUGAUGCAAAAAUUUGUCCAUUAUGUGGCAUGUCCUGUCUGUUUUUUAUGACCAAAAUAUAUACUUUUUAUUUCUCUCUAUUUUCCAGAUUACGCUGAUCUUGCUAAUUAUAUUUGCAAUGAAGCCAUUGAAGCUGGAACUGGUGAUAAUGUUACUGUAGUCAUUGGAUUUCUACGUCAUCCUCAUGAGGUAAAUUAAUAUAUUUUCCAAACUAUCAAUUUUUCCUAAUUCCAUAUUUUCAGCUUUGGAAUUUAUUGCGAUGUGUUGAUACUUCAUCAGAAGAAGAAGGAGAAACGGAUUAG